UAAAAAUCCCUGGUCCCAGCUCUCAGCAGCAAGCCGCUGUGGACUUGGAGACCAACACGCAACAAGACGCAGGACUUUUUGAGGGAUAACCGAAGACUCGCUGGGACAACUACUGAAAUUACACGUCAAAGACGGCAGGAUGCAGCACUACGGGGUGAACGGAUACUCCCUGCACGCCAUGAACUCCCUCAGCGCCAUGUACAACCUCCACCAGCAGGCGGCGCAACAGGCGCAGCACGCUCCGGACUACCGGCCCUCUGUGCAUGCUCUCACGCUGGCAGAGAGACUGGCUGGCUGUGCAUUUCAAGACAUCAUCUUGGAGGCUCGAUACGGCUCUCAGCACCGCAAACAGCGCCGGAGUCGCACGGCCUUCACCGCCCAGCAGCUGGAGGCUCUAGAGAAGACCUUCCAGAAGACCCACUAUCCCGAUGUGGUGAUGCGGGAGCGACUGGCCAUGUGCACCAACUUGCCAGAGGCUCGUGUGCAGGUCUGGUUCAAGAACCGCAGGGCCAAGUUCCGUAAGAAGCAGCGCAGCCUCCAGAAGGAGCAGCUGCAGAAACAGAAGGAGCCAACCGGUGAAGGAGGAUCUGAGAAGGAGGAUCCCCCCGCCGCCACCGACGCCAUCCUUCCCGACUCUCAGCUGCCCCCAUCCUCCUCUUCCACAUCUCUGGGAACAGAUGGUCCCGUGGUCCGUCCGGUACCGCUUGACAUGGAACUCAACGUCACGUCGGCCGAGCAGUCCGGCAGCGAGUCUGCCACAGAGGACAACGGCACGGAUAAGGAGGAGGACAGCAAAUGUCAGACAGAGGAGAUGCAGAGCGAGAGAGCCGUGACGCCCGCAGACAUUUCUUCUCCUUGCAAAAGACUCAGUCCUAAACCAGACUCACCCGGCGUCUCGCCGUCUGUCACCCCUCCUUCGUCGUCUAGCGGUGGUCUGGCCGCCGGAGGUCCGCUCUCCCAGAACCACUCCUACGCUUCCUCCCCUCUGAGCCUGUUCCGCCUGCAGGAGCAGUUCCGCCAGCACAUGGCUGCCACUAACAACCUGGUGCACUACCCCGCUUUUGACCUCGCCGCCCCCUCGUCACUCCCAUACCUGGGGAUGAAUGUCAACAUGCCCCCCCAUACGCCGCUGGGUACCCUGCCUUGCCAGUCGUACUACCAGUCGCUGUCCCAUCACGCCCAGCAGGUGUGGAACAGCCCGCUGCUGCAGGCGUCUGCCGGGGGCGGCCUCAGCAGCCACAACAGCAAGACCACCAGCAUCGAGAAUCUGCGGCUGAGGGCCAAACAGCACGCCGCCUCGCUGGGACUGGACACCUUGUCUAACUGACAAUCCCACCUGGAUGGAGUAAAACAUAAUGCGACGUUUCCGAGGAGUGACGGACCCUUCAUCCAUUCUUGGUCACGUCACCGAGAGCUUGCUGACUUGCAGCAUCUGCUUCAGACUUGACAUGAAAGGAGGGAAAAAGAAUAGAGGACGUCACAGAAAGUGAACAUUCAUUAAAAAAGGACAAAAGACUGGAAAAAAAAAAAAGACAAUGACUAGUAAUGUUUACAAGAAAAAUGUGAAUAUGUGAGGCACUUUGUGAGGUAUUGCAGUGAAGAAGCUUGUGAAAAACAAUUGUAUUGCAGUACUGGUUAACAGUUUAACAGGUUAACAAUGGCGCCUGCUCACACACACAAGAGCAUACACAGGCCGCUUUUCCUCAACAGCGUCAUUAAUAGCCACAAAUUCACCCGUUGAACGGACGUCGCUUUGACUCGAUAAUGACAAAAUGAUUUCAGUGACUAAAUUCUCAAAGCGUUUAAUUAGAUUUGGCCCCAGGCGGAGAUGGGCGGGGGCAAAUGUAAUAAUGAACAUGCAUAUCAUUGAGGAUUGGCUUUUAUCACUUCCAGGGGUAGUUACAUUUAAGAUGUCGAGUCACGUAGCGACAUCACCGACUUGAUCAAUCCGGAAACUAAAUAAAAACAGAGUCUCUGGAGGAAAUGGUUACACUCACUGUUAGCACUUCUGAUGUUGGCUGUUCAUGUUGCUCGGAUGGGGUAAAUUGAAAAAAAAACAACAAAUGAAAAAAAACAUGCACAUUAUUUUAAUAGGUGAAAUAUAAAAUCUAUCUAUUAAUGUUUACGGAUAAGGUCAUUGUAAAGUACUGUACUAUGUUUUAUUAUUGAUAAUGAACUCUGAUAAAAGUCCUUUUAGCUGUAAGAUUGUACUUGCUCAUCCCAUCCUACUUCCAUCCACUCCUCCUUGAGCCAUCUUGGAACGGAUCAAGACAUUUACUGGUCCUGCUUUGGACUGCUGAGAAUAUUUCAGCCAUUGUUGGGCCCCAAGUCAUCCAUGUUCUGCUGUCUCGGUUUUAUUUCAGCUGAGGUUGUUGCUGCUGUUACUGUCUUUGUCCCCAACUUGGUCCUGUGCUAGAUAGACUUAAAAUGUGGUGGUGGUGGGGGCGGGGGUGUUGUUUCCUUUCCUCUGCCCAGACAGUGUUGACUUAGUGUUGUUGUAAAAUAUCCACCAAUAAAAAUACUGCUUGAAGAUCUUUAUACUUGAGACGUGUCUGCUGAGUGUUUCAAUACACAAAGAGAGGAACAUAUUUGUUAAACAUUAUUUCUGCAUAGUACGGUCGUCCCUCGCCACUUUGCGGAAAUAAAUCGAUUCAUAAAUUAUGCUGUGUUGUGGUUGAAUAUGGCACAUUACUGCAGUAUUUCACUGGUCUACAAGCAAAA